CGACACCAUCGAUUGCCACCACCACUUCCAGAGAUCAACGGGGCACUUGCUGUCGAAAGGGGGGUCGGGAUCAUGCGGUACGUGUUCCUUGUUCAUUGCCCUGGCGAGCGAGAGAUCUGACGCGAGGGGUGAUCAGUAGACGACACAGAUUAUUGAUUGCUUUACAUUGGAAGACUGAGAAAUAACUAAUAUGGAUCCAUCACAGAAUACUGUGGCAAGCAUGGGUGUGAGUGGUGGAAAUGGGGUGAUAAAUCCCCAAAAUGAUGUUACAACUUCACAAGAUGAUCCGAAGCAGGACCUCAAUCAGGUUAUCAAUUCCAUCCAGAAAACUCUGGGUCUCCUCCAUCAACUCUACCUCAAUGUCUCAUCCUUCAAUACUGGCCUUCAACUCCCUCUCCUCCAGCGCAUAAAUUCUCUUGUCUUGGAGCUCGACAACAUGGCGAAAUUAUCAGAAAAGUGCAACAUUCAGGUUCCAGUGGAGGUCCUUAACUUGAUUGAUGAUGGCAAGAAUCCAGAUGGAUUUACAAAGGACGUCAUCAAUAGUUGCAUUGCGAAAAAUCAAAUUACAAAGGGAAAAACUGAUGCCUUCAAGGGUCUACGCAGGCAUCUUCUAGAGGAACUUGAUCAAGCAUUCCCAGAUGAGGCUGAUUCUUUUAGAGAUAUAAGAGCAGCUUCUGCUGCUGAAGCGAAGCGGCUGGCUCAAGCACAAAGUUCCUUGCCAAAUGGCGAUGUGAAGGUUAAAGCUGAACCAUAAGCGAACCACUAGCUUAUACCAAAAGACACUGUAAGCACCUCUGUGAAUUCGCCACCCCCUUUCUGUCACUGGAGAAAUGUAUGGCAUCGGUAAUCUGGAUAUCUGCAGUAAUGGCAUUUCAACGAGUGUACUGAUGCAGCAGCACAUCUUAUGAUGAGGCGAAGGCUUUUCAUUCUACCCACCUUUUCGGCUGUUCAUUCUGAAAGUGUCAUGGUUAUUGGGACUAAAACAGGUGUAACUAAGAGAUUUGGAAAUGCUAGUAAGGCAAAUUUAUCUUGCGAAACCAA